CGCCGGAAAAUAGUCCGAUAUGCUAUGAUGCCGGGAGUUGUGCGUUUUCUGGCUCUUUGAAAAAACUGAAUAGCUCUGCAGCAACAACUUUAGGAUCUGCGGUUUUCACCAUGAUUUAUGAAACUGUUUGCUCUAAAGAAGCCCUUACUACGGAAGAAAUCUAAGAUGAUCGAUUGAGCAGCAUUAUGCGGUAAUAGAUCGUGGCUUGAAAAUUGUAAAACAAUUUUCCCUUGCCACUUGCUUUUUCAAUUAAAUCAUAUUGUUACCAUUAUAUGGUAUUAAUGCCAUUACUAAAACAGUAUUUGGUUUAAUAGUAUGACUAAAACCCUGUUUAAAGUCGUGUAAUUGAGUCAAACCUAUAGUAAAUUAAUUCACACAGCUUUUCCUCUUUUGCAUCCGAAGAAGGAUCCCAUACUCACCUACAGGAUCGGUACAAACUAAAAAUAAGUCUCCAAAAAAUGUGUGUUGUUUCUGUUCGACUGUAAUGAUUAGUGUAGUUCAUUGCAAAUUAGCAAGAGACUCAAAGAAACCAGCCAAGACAACAUAGUAACUAUAUUGUUUUUUUUCACACUGGCUAAUACAAACAUAUACAUAUAAAGUACUUUGUCAAACGAUAUGGUUAUAAUGUUGUUUUGGCUGUUUUCUUUGAAUCGCUUGCUGAUUUACAAUCAACUGAAAUAACCAUUACAGUCGAACUGAAAUAACACACAUCUGUUGGAAGUUUAUUUUUAGUUUGUGAAGAUUUUCUAGGUAAGUAAUGUGAUCCUUCUUCAGAUAAAGUUAGUUUUCUUCUGUUCUUCAGCAAAUCUAAAUUAAAGAAAAUAUAUACAAGAAGAAUAUAUCUACAACAAGAAAUAUUAACAGAACAGAAAAAACUAACUUUAUGACAACAAGACCAACCAUAGUCUGGCAUGGAUGCCAAAAUGCAAAUCAGAAAAUGAAUUAUUUAGCAACGAGCAAAGCUAUAAUAAAAAUGGUACUAUCACAGAUACUAGAAGAUACUAGAAUUGACUUUUAAUUGCUUUGAGAAAUAAGAUUGCGACAUAAACGCUUUUCGCCGGAAAAAAAGUGAACGUAAUUUUGAACCUUCCAAGGACUACAAGCUUUCCAAUGCAGGCGGUUGCUAGAGACUAUAGUUUCUAUUUUGAGCAUUUUCCCGAAGUCUUUAUCAAAUCUUUCAUUAUGCGAACCAUAAAAUUCUGCGGUUUAGUUUAAAAUCUUCUUUUUUCUAAAUUUUUUUAAAAAAAGAAGAUUAUAAAAUGAGAAUACAGGCGUUGCGAAUAUCAGAAUUUUCGUAUAACUUUUAAGGGUACCCCUUGUGAUGCUCGUUAGGCCUUAUCUAACAGCUUCGCAAAACAACCUCUAGAUCAGUUUUCACAAACAGUAACAAUUAUUGUUUUCACAACAAUUAAUAUUAUUUGCAAAAAACGAGUCUACGAUAGUAAUAGUAAUGUAAAUGUACAACUAAUAAACGAGAAAUGUUGUUGUUGAAGGUGGUGGUUCUUUCUCUUCUAAUCAAUGUUUGUUCGAAGAGAAUGUAAUGCAAUAUGUAAUCACAUGAGUGGUUGAUAUGGAGAAGAAGAAUCGAAAACUAGCAGUCGAAAGCAAGUACUGCAAACAAAAUACUAAACUAUAAAAAUAUUAAACAUAAAUUAUGUGAAGAUAACAUUAAAGCUCCUUCUUCCCGGUAUAUAAGAGAAGGAGAAGAAGAAAAGAUAGUUCAGAUUUAUUGUUUGAGAAACUUCUGUUUCUUUGAAUAAAGGAGAAGAAGAGGUCCAAAUUUUAAGUUGAAGAAUGAUAAGAAUGAAAAUAGUUUUAAAUUUAUUCUUGAUUACAACUCGUUUUUCUUGUAACCAAGGAACAACAAAUAUAUUGAUAAAAUUAAUAUUUUUAAAUUACUUGCCUUUUUCUCUCUCAAAAAUCCGACAACAAAACAACUGAAGGAAAAUCUUGAGAUAAGUAGAAAGAAGCAAAGCACUAAUUGAACUCUCUGUUUCUUAAAACUUCCAAACAAAAAUAGAAAAAUCGCGAACUAAGCAAAAGCCAUACACUUACAUUAUUCUAACCUAACUUAGAGUUCUUAGAAAUAAUAUCGCUGUUCUUGACGAGAAGUAACGGAAGAUAACGGACAUGGUCGUUACAAUGACCGUCCUUCCCAGACGAGACUCGUCCUUGAAUCUCAAUAUCAUGAUUUAUUUAAGUAUCUACAAACAGCCACAUUGAAUUUUCAACUUAGUGAUCUUAAUUGUUCGUUGGGAUGGUUAAGUCCUGAUCAAUCUUAUGUCUUAGAAAAAUAUUGUGCACAAACUUUACGAAAUUGUCGUUUUCAUCAACAAUUACGAGAUAUAUUUGCACCAUUAGUCGUUCGUUAUGUUGACUUAAUGGAAGCGUGUAUUGUUCAAUCAAUUCACAAAGGAUUCGAAAAAGAAAACUGGAAAUCGAGAACCAUAAUAAGAGCAUUAAACAUUUCAGACGUGUACGAUCAUGGUGUUAUUUCUGGCGCUGCAUUAGCUAACUGA